AUGGCCUUGCCUGAGUGGCAGAAGGAGCCAGGAGUCACGCAAGAAAGGACGAAGAAAGCUCUGCGUGACUAUGCGGUCUAUGAUCACGCCGCCAAUGGACGUUUCAAAGACAUCAAGGUGCCAAAGGGGAAGGGCGGAAAGCAGAAACAGCAGGCAGCCAUCGCGGCACGGAGAGCGGCGGGAAUGCUUGAGGCGGCUGCGAACCAAGGUCUGCCGUCUCCUGCAAGCAAGGUAGCUCGCUGCCUGUCUUUGGGAGUCGGGACCAGCAGCGUGGCGAAAGAGCUUGGUCCUGGAGCAGCGUCGCUGGGAGUUGACGGAGUUCGCUCGAAGCAGUCGGUCAGGCGUUCUGGGGCGUCCGAUGUAACCACUGGGGAAAAGCCUGUCGUCUUUGCAACUGACGACGAGGGCGGCCUGAUUGGCGAUGUACUAGAGGGCAGCGUGCAGGAGGGCAGCGCGCAGGAGGGUAGUGUGCAGAAAGCAGGUGGUCUUGUGCAUAAGAAAGAAGGGUUGGGGAGAAGCGAGGGUCGGGGUCCUGCUCUUGAGGCCGUCGGGACAGCAAAGAAGGGGGUGAAUGGGCCAGCGAAGAGUGCGGAGAAGGAGGUGGACAUUCGCAGCCCCGUAGGUCUCCCGGCAAGGGCAGGGGGGUCCAAGCAAACCCUUGGGUUGCCCCCAAAACGUGCGCUCUCGCCCCGGGAAGAAGCUGAGCUGCGAGCAAGUGCGGAAGAGCAGGAAGUGAACGCGCUCUUGGAUGAUCUGAUGGGUCCGCCGCUGAGGAAAGCAGGGAAGGUUGGGGGAGCUGCGCUGAAGAAGAAGUGUGGGCGCUGCCUUCAGAGCGGACACAUCGCGGAUGACUGCGAGGCUGAUGCAGCAAUGGUGAAGGCUGCGCAAGCGGUCAAAGCGGCGCAGGCGGCGCAGAAAGGAGAAGGAGCGCCAGUGAAGCCCAUGCAGAAGAAGAAGAAGAAAGCCGCUGUGAAAGGAGAGAAGGGGGCAGCUGGGGCUGUUGGGCGUCCGGAGGAGCUUGCUCUGGUUGACUACGGGGAUGGCAAGAAGUCCGCCAGGCUGAAUGCAAAGAGAAGGACGGGAUCGGAUGGAGACGGGGACUCGGAAGAGGAAGCGCCCAAGAAGAAGACAAAAGCGCAAGCUGCGGUGGCCCAUGCGAAAAGGUCCAACAAGCAGGUAAAGUUUGCGGAGAACGAGAAGCGGGUUAAGAACCCCAAGGGGAAAGGGAAGACGGCAGGGAGGACCUCAGGAGGCAAAGAGCAGGUGGAGUCUGAGGGUGAAGAAUGA